AGGAGGUCUUGAACGCCCCAUCGUGCUCCUCAUUGUGCGGCUGAGGAAACGUCGCAAGGUUCCGCCGACGUCGGUAUGAAAUGGCAGAAACUGCUUGUGUCACCGAAGCCCAAAGAUUAGGUUACGCCGAAGCCACACAUGUAUGUUGCCGGGACCCCGGCCUGUUAGUUUGAGCACCUCCCAAGAAGGAUUGAAGUGUUUUUUUGUUUUGUUUUUUUGUCUCCAAAAACCGCCCAGGUUUUGUCUCCGGCGGGCAGAGAACGGCGACUGCGGGUCGACACUGUUGGAAUUAUCCGGAGAGGUAGGAGGUCGACGCCUGGUUAUUUUUCCAGCCCUGUGAAGCGGUGUUGAGCAUAAUCCUCCACUUGGAUGCUCAGUCACAGUCCAAGGCGAAACAAUGAACCGGAACAAGCGUGAAAAGGAGUACUACAGUAUAGAUGUGGGUGACUCAACUUUUAUGGUUUUAAAGCGCUACCAGAACCUCAGACCCAUUGGAUCCGGAGCACAGGGAAUUGUCUGUUCGGCUUACGACCACAACUUGGAGAGGAACGUCGCCAUCAAGAAGCUGAGCAGACCCUUUCAGAAUCAAACUCAUGCAAAACGAGCCUACAGAGAACUGGUGCUUAUGAAAUGUGUCAACCACAAGAAUAUAAUCGGUCUAUUAAAUGUAUUCACACCACAGAAGACACUCGAGGAGUUCCAAGAUGUAUAUCUCGUUAUGGAGUUGAUGGAUGCCAACCUCUGCCAGGUGAUUCAGAUGGAGCUGGACCACGAGAGGCUGUCCUACUUGCUCUACCAGAUGCUGUGUGGAAUCAAACACUUGCAUGCCGCUGGAAUCAUUCAUAGGGACCUGAAGCCAAGUAACAUAGUGGUCAAGUCAGACUGCACACUUAAGAUCCUGGACUUUGGCCUGGCCAGGACAGCUGCCACGGGACUCCUCAUGACGCCCUAUGUGGUCACCCGCUACUACCGUGCCCCUGAAGUCAUCCUGGGCAUGGGCUACCAGGCUAACGUUGAUGUCUGGUCUGUUGGCUGCAUCAUGGCUGAAAUGGUCCGGGGUAGUGUGUUGUUUCCAGGCACUGAUCAUAUUGACCAGUGGAACAAGGUGAUAGAGCAGUUGGGGACGCCGUCUCAGGAGUUCCUGAUGAAGCUCAACCAAUCGGUGAGGACCUACGUGGAGAACCGACCGCGGUAUGCCGGCUACAGCUUCGAGAAGCUCUUCCCCGACGUUCUGUUUCCGGCAGACUCUGAACACAACAAACUGAAAGCAAGUCAAGCCAGAGACCUGCUGUCAAAAAUGCUGGUAAUAGAUGCUUCAAAACGGAUCUCCGUGGACGAGGCCCUCCAGCACUCUUAUAUCAACGUCUGGUAUGACCCCACUGAAGUGGAGGCACCACCACCAGCGAUCACCGACAAGCAGCUGGAUGAGCGGGAGCACACGGUGGAGGAGUGGAAAGAGUUAAUAUACAAAGAAGUCUUGGACUGGGAGGAAAGGACAAAAAAUGGUGUCAUCAGAGGACAGCCAGCGUCCAUAGGUGCAACAGUGAGCAGCGACCCCCCGCAGCAGCACCAGCACUCCCCCGCCCAUGUCGCCUCCACGUCCACAGACGCCGAAACGGGCGGCCGCAGGUGAUCAUCUCGUAAAACACCUCCUCUUGCUCUUGACUGUCUUCAAAAGACAGACUUUUUUUUUUUUUUUUUUAAAUGUUCAUUUGAGUAAACGAUCUCAAGGUAAGAGAUGAUUUGAACGAUUUCACUACGGCGCGGUUUGUAACAACCUGACUGUGAUGACCUAAAUGUGUUUUUAUGUGGAAAGCCUGUAAGCUACUGCUCUGACAAGGUGUCACGUAAACAUCCAGUGACUUUGUACAGUUUUGACACUAGAUAGUCGGUAGUUAAUUGACACGCCGCUCGUCUGUCUUUCAACAAUGAUUCAAGGCUUUAGACACGUUGUUUCGAUUAAGUGGAACCUCCAAAGUCAAACACAAUAAUGUCCAUUGCACUGCUUGGCUUCCAAGUUGUUCUCAUUUUAAAACAAUUUCCCCCCUAGAAAAUCAUGUAAACAUAAUCAAAUUGUUCUCGCCCUAGUGGAUAGACAAUCUUUAAAUAAUGUUAAGCACUGUAUAAUAAAACUAUAAUAAAGUAAAACUCCUUUUGGCCACCCUCAGGAAGGUGUUUGCAGAGCAAUACUGUCAUUUAGUGGAAUUUUUCUACAUGUUGCUGGAAGUAGGAAGUGUUGUGUUCCCCUGCAUAUUUGUUAUUCACAGAUUUUUUGUUGUUGUUGUUUAUUUUUUGGGUGAACCUAUCCUCUAUUAUUCGCUGAGAACUCACCCAUUUACUGUUUUUGUGCUCAGGCCAAAGCAAUCAAAGUAUUUCUUUGGCCAUCUUGUGAAAUCUUAGUUCCAAGGAACUUGGUUGAAGUGAGUUGAGAAGCUUCAUUUAGAUAAAAGUAAUGGUUCGUGGAUUCUCACUAUUUGCGGCAGGGCUCGGUCUGUCCCGACACUGUAUUUACAUUGGCAUCUGCUUGGUAAGAUGUAAUUGUGUGUGUAAUUAAAUUUGAAUUGCGUGUAUUGCUUAUUGUACCGAGCAGCCACACUAUUUCCCCAUGUUGCUCUCUCUAUGCAAAAAAAACUUUUUGCCCUCAUCACAAAAAAAGCUAAAGAAAAAGCAAAACACAUCCUGAGAGAUGUUCACCGAGUCAGUCUUACAAGGUUUUCUGACUUCAUAGGCGUAUUUUCCCAGAUUAUUGUUCCAUUUUGGAGGUUCCACUGUAUAUGAAUGGAGGGUGUGUAGAUGGGUCUAGAGUGAGAAUGGUGGAAGUGUUGCACGUAAGAAUGUUUCCGUUGACAGGUUUUCAGGGUUUAGAACGUGUGACGAUACGUGUAUUUUUCCCUUUUUUUUUUGAUGAGAAAGUGGAGAGUUAAAAAAACAAAAAACAUCCCAUCAUUAGUAACUUUUAAUACUGUUGUGUGUUCAUGAUGUCCCUUCGGACGGCUGCGGUUAAAAAGAAACCAAGAAAGUUGCAUGUUUAAACAGCAGCACACACAAAAAGAAAUAGAAGAAAUGACUCUUACGUUAUGCAAUAAUGUUGUCCUUUGAAGUGUUUGUACUCAAGAGAAAAGUGCCUGUUGUACUGUAACAAGUCAUUUGUGUUGUUUUGAAGGCAUCUGGACAGAUAACAGUAGUUUCCAUAGAGAACCACUACUCUGUGAAAAAAAUGCAUUUGUAUAUUUUUCUACUUUUUUUCAUUUUGAACCUCUAGGGACACCAUAGGUGACAAUGUGUCUGAGGCAGGACAGUGUCACCAAGGUCUUUCAUCAAAGUUUAACAAUCAGCAUUACAACGGGCUCCCUUUACUUUCUCCAUGUAGUGCUACACUACAUUGAAGAGAGACGAGAUUGCUCUUAUAUUAGCAGGGGGGGAAAAAAACGGAUGCUGGAGUAGUUUGCUUAGCUAAACAUGCGAGGAUGUUUUCACGUGGAGCCGUGUCCAUAUCUUUUAUUAUUUUAUAUUGUUAAUAUUUUUUGUUUUGGAAAGGUGCAGUACACAUGAUAGAAAAGAGUCGUCUCCUCUAGUACGUACAUAGCUAGUUCCUGUACGCUGCUUUGGCAACGUGGUCAGUUCUGUUCAUAUGUCAAGAACUACUGUAGGAUGGCUCCUUUAAAAAAAUAAAAAUACAUAAAAAAUAAAUAAAUACAAAUCUGAACUUUACUUUGGCUUGUACCAGCAAACUGUUUAUGGUUGAAGAGCAAGUAGAAUAAGUCUUGCGAUGUACAAUAAAACAACAGAUCACCAGCAUGUCUACAAAAACAAAAUUUCCAUUCGAAAAAAUUAAAAAUUCAUUUACCAUGUUAAAAAAAAAAGUAUUUUUUUAAUAUACAUUUUUAUCUAACCUCCCCAAAAUUUUCAUAGUUUUUUAAUACAUUUUUUUUUUUAAAUAGGCAUAAAUCUCAAUCAAAUAGAAUAUGGUAGAAAAGUUCUUUCAUAUCGAUAGUUCAAUUCAAACAGUUUACGCACACAUUAUAUGGAUACAUUAAAAACAUAAAUUUCACAAGGCCAGUUGCUACCUAAAAAAACCCCCCAAAAAACAAUUUAUGUACUGCAUUUUCACAACCAUAAGGCGCACCGUAUUAAAAGGCGCAGUCUCAGUUACGGGGUCUAUUUCUGUAUUUAACACAUA